UGGAGGAGAUGACUUCCCCGCUGGUCAUGAGUGUGGAUCAUCCCCUUUUCCCUCUCAAGGUUAUGACGUCACAGCACAAAGGGUGGAGCCUGGAGUAUAUAAACUCGACGCAUCCCUUCGUGAGCAUCACUUCGACUCCUCUUCAACAACAAACAUGUCUUUCAAGGCUUUGGUUUUGGCUGCUGUUGUGGUAGCCACUUUGGCCCACCCUGACUCUCCCCCUACCUACAACGCUCCCACAACCGGCUACGGCGCCCCCGCUCCUGUGGGUCCUGCCAAGUACGACUUCAACUGGGCCGUGAAGGACGACCUCUCAGGCAACGAUUUUGGCCACCAGGAGUCCCGUGACGGUGAGAACACCCAGGGCUCCUACUACGUGCUGCUUCCCGACGGUCGCCUGCAGAGGGUCGCUUACACUGUCAACGGCGACUCCGGGUACGUGGCCGAGGUGACCUACGAGGGUGAGGCCCAGUACCAAACACCCCGGCCCUCCUACACCCCAGCUCCCUACGCCUAAAUGAGAAAAAUCUAAAUAAACUCGAUACUGAUAAUAUUUAUUGAGAAUAACAGAAUAUGCCAUAUAUUGCCUUGUAAAUAAACAUGAACAGAAAAA